GCACCAGGAGUAUCCAACUGCCACUGACGCGCUCCACUAGCAUAGUGUAUUCGAAAGGGGAGUCAGCCAUCUGCUUCAGCCGCAGCCGAAGCCACGUCAUAUUUGUGUGCUGCUGGAGAGCCGAGUUACGCGAGCUGUCGCUUUCGCGUUUUUUUUACAUAGAAUUACGUUUCCGCGGGCGCAGAUAUGAAUAUAUUUCGGCUUUUAGGCGACCUGUCGCAUCUCCUAGCCAUUAUUAUACUUCUCUUGAAGAUAUGGAAGACGCGGAGCUGCGCCGGUAUCAGUGGCAAGUCGCAGAUUCUCUUUGCAAUUGUUUAUACCAGUCGUUACCUAGACCUGGUAACGACAUUCAUUUCGGCAUAUAAUACAGUUAUGAAGAUCGUAUUUAUUGCAACGUCGCUCGCCACAGUAUUUUUGAUGUAUGUGAAAUUCAAAGCUACAUAUGAUCAUAAUCAUGACACAUUCAGGAUUGAAUUCCUGAUAUUACCUACAUUUGUGUUGGCACUGCUGAUCAAUCAUGAACUAUCCUUCGUGGAGGUCUUGUGGACGUUCAGCAUUUACCUUGAGUCAGUGGCAAUACUGCCACAGUUAUUCCUGGUGUCAAAGACAGGAGAGGCAGAGAGCAUCACCAGUCAUUAUCUGUUCGCGCUGGGAUCAUAUAGAGGCCUGUAUCUGUUCAAUUGGGUAUACCGCUACUAUGCUGAGGAUCAUUACGACUUGAUUGCUAUAGUCGCUGGAUUGGUACAGACGGUUCUAUAUUGUGACUUCUUCUACCUCUAUAUUACCAAAGUACUCAAAGGCAAGAAGCUACAAUUACCUGCUUAGCUUCUGUUCUGAGUAUUGUCCUUUCGUAUCGAAGGAACAUUCGACUGCCCGUUUUUCUACUGGCGUCGCCCGUAAAUCCAAGAUCAACUCCGGCGAUCCUAGAGACUCGAAGAAUACGCACUCGCGAGUGUACGUUAAGUACGGUUUCGCUAAGUACGGAGUAUCUCGCAGCAUCGUCCCGCCUUCCGUAACACUUCCUUCCCCAGCCCCAUGUAUCCAUCCCCUUGGGCGAUGUUUGCUUUCCGCGUGUCGCAGGACGAUGUUCUAAGUUAUGUCGAUUCUUUCGUACUUCAUUUGUAUCAUAUGCGUUAUUACGAGGCAUGAACCGGACACCUGUCAGUACAUGUCAUUUACAUGUCAGUGCAGUUUAAUUUAUAUAAAUUCAAGAAAUUUUAGACGACAUUGUUGGGAAAAAAACAAGAAAGAUAUAUAUAUAGAAAAAGAGAAAUUUUCAUUUAUAUUUACAGUUUAUAUUGUUGUAACUUUCAGUAAGUAAAUAUAGUGAUAAUGGUACCAAUAUAUCUUAUAAACUGACGCAUUGAUUGGAAGAUCCGCAUUGUUGAUUUGUGCCAUUCACGAGCAACACGUAGCGAUGUAUUCUACCAAAUUGGCGACCUGGACUGGCUCCUUCAGAGCUAUUGAAGGAUCCUCUACAUGUACGAUGCCAUUCUUGAGACUAGUCCUAUCCACAGACACGACAAAUGGUAUCAAGCACAUCUCUACGACUUGUUCUGUGCUCGCCAAUAUGGUACGGAUCCCGUUUGACCUGAGCAUGUUGUUCAAAUACAACACAAAGCGAUUCAAGUCCUCUAAAUCCGAUGAAGUUUCGUUCUCUUGUUUUUCUAUGCGAAACGUCGUUUUGUAAGGCGAUAACUUAGGAUGAAUAUACGCUCUAGUUGAUUUGCCCGACAUGUAACUAUCGCAGAGCAGAGCCAGACAGCCCCAAUCUAAAGAGGCGACAUGCUCGACCAUAUGCACGUCCGCGACAUUAUCUUUACUACCUUCAGUCUGUAAAUAAAUAAUCCAUUUAAAUAA